GUGUACGAAACGGACGAGCGUGCGAAAAUAAUAAAUAUUGCGAUUUUGUGUAUUUUAUACUAAUUCCUCUUUUCACUGUUGAUUGUUUAGUUUACGUGCACGGCUACGUAAAACGCAUUCAUUCGUUUUCGAGACUAAAAGUGUUCUAAAGCCGAUUUAAUGAGAUGGAGAAUACAUUGGAUUCAAUCCGUCCAUCGGAAAAUCCAGAAGAAAUGUCAUAUCUAUUUGGCAGAGAUCCAAGUAUUUUAGCAUAUAGUCAGAGACCAUUUCCGUCAAAGGAUACAAGAAAGAAUUUACUUUCGUUAUAUGAAGUGGAAAGUAAUUCUGCCAGUGAAAAUGCAUCUGAGCAUUCUGACUCACAAACCUUACAAACUAUUAAGGUAUAUCUUCGACUUAAACCAAUUCCAAAAAAAUUAAAAUUAACUGAGGAACAACAAGAGGCAUAUAAGAUCAUAAACUCUACUAUAUUAGUUACAAAAUUACCAUUGUUGGAUAAUAAUACAAGUUGUGUUAAGCAAUCCAAAAGUAAUGAGAUUGUAUGCAAAAAAUUUACCUUUUCACAAACAUUUGGGCCAGAAACCACUCAAUUGGAAUUAUUUGAGCAAACAGUACAGCAGCAGAUGAUUGAUUUUUUAGCUGGACAUAAUUGUACUAUAAUGACAUAUGGCACUACAAAUUCGGGAAAAUCAUAUACAUUACAAGGAACCACUACUUCACCUGGAUUAAUACCACGUGCACUGGAAUUUGUAUUUAAUAAUAUUACAACAAGACCAAACCCAUCUUAUAAACCUUUGCAUUAUUGCGAUGUAGUAAAUCUUGAUGCGCUUGAACGUGCACAGGAACUUGAAGCAAAAACUAAAUUGUUAACAUUUAGUUUGGAUAAGCAUCAGUACAUGAAUGCUUACAAACAAAUGCAAAAAUUGUUGCAAGAAGAAUCAAUUCGUCCUAGUCAGUGCCAUGAUGCUCAUUAUUCGGUUUGGAUUUCAUUUGCAGAAAUUUAUAAUGAAGUUGUAUAUGAUUUAUUGUCAAGUGAAUGCCAGAAAAAAAGAAUGCCUUUAAAAUUGGGAACAGAUUCUAAUGGCAGAGCAUUUAUUAAAGGAUUAAAAACUAUUUAUGUUAAUUCAGCAGCGGAAGCUUAUCAGAUUUUGAUGGCAGGACAAUAUAAUUUGAAAAUUGCUGCUACUGCAUUAAAUGCAAAAAGUUCAAGAUCCCAUUGUAUAUUCACAAUUACACUAUUAAAAUAUUAUGUGGAAAGUUCAUCUGACACAGUUGAAGUGAGCACGUUUACCUUUUGCGAUUUGGCGGGCUCGGAACGUUUAAAGAAGACAUUGAACAUUGGGGACAGAUUAAGAGAAGCGCAAAAUAUUAAUACUAGUUUAUUAGUCUUAGGCAGAUGUCUAAAAUCUAUUCGCGAAGGACAAUCAACAAGAAUUAAAACAGAUGCUAUUGGACCAUUUAGAGAAUCUAAAUUAACUAGAUUAUUUCAACGAGCAUUAUCAGGGAAGGAGUAUCUAGCUUUGAUAGUUAAUGUCAAUCCUCUACCAAAUCUCUAUGUAGAAACUCAAAACGUUCUAAAUUUUGCUGCUAUUGCGAAAAAUAUUAUUAUAGAAAAAAAGAUGCAAGUGCAAAAGAAAUUAAAAUCGAGAUUUUCACAAAUAAUUACACAGAAUAAACAAAAAGUAAUUGAUUGGGAUUCUGCAGAAUUGGAAAGUGUAGACUGGCAGCAUACUGAAAGUGCAGAAGAGGUAAUUUCGGAAUGUACUACAGAAGAAUAUCUGGAUCUCGUGAAUGAAAACGAAAAAUUAAAAAAGGAAAUUACAGUUUUAAAAAAUUCAGCUUUAAUCCGAGAUUUUCAAAGUCGACAAGAAAUGGCUGACAAGUAUAUUGCGAUGAUAAACGCACUUGAAACAGAUUGGAAACAACGUAUAAAUGAUGUGGAAAUUCUACACGAAGAUGCUCUUGAAUGGGCUGUGAAACAAAUUGAAGAAUUUUACAAGGGAAAGAUAAAUAAGUUGCAUAGAAAUAAAAGGAGGCGCAGUGAUUAUGAUGAUGAAGAUAAUGAGGAGGAUCUCGAUGUAACUCUUGAAGAAUUAGGUAAAGAGAAUAUACAACUGAGAGAAAAGAAUGAAAGUUUGAAGAAGAUGUUAACUGAAUUGAAAGUAACAAAUGAAACUUUAAUCGUGGAAAAAAAUAAAGCUUGUUUUGAAUUGGGACUGAUGAUUGAGGAUUUAAAAGUAGCAAAAGAUCUUUUAGAAGCUGCUCAGAAAGAUAUCUGUUUUAAUUCAGAAGGUGAAGCUUACAUAGAGAAAAUGACAUCACAAUUGCUCGCUAAAGACAACCAGAUAAAGAAACUAAAAGAAUUUCUCAAUGAAGCAAAAGAAGAGUAUAUUACUAUUACAAAUGAUAUAAAGAAAAAAGAACAAUGUAUGGACAAGCAAGCAGAGUUUAUAGUAAAAAGUGAAGACAAAAUUGAAGAUUUAGAGUUACAUAUUGAACAAGUUAACAUUUGUUUGACAGAAAAAACUAGAAUAGUUGAGCUUCUAGAAGAAAGAUUAGAAAGCCAAAGUGAGAAAUUAUCUGAUGCUGAGAACAAAAUAUUACAACUGCAAGAAGAAAUUAAUCAGUUAAAGAAGGAAAAAUCAAAGUCAGUUAAAUCUUAUUUGGAUCAAUUGAAACCAUCAGAGACAUCUGUUCAAGAUGAAUAUCAAGAAAUUAUUGUAAAAGAAGAAUUUAUUUUUGACGAUAUAUCUAAUUUAAAUAAUAUGGAAAAUAUCCAAGAAAAAACAAAUGCAAAAGUAUCUGUUAAAACUGAAAAAACUGAUUCAAAUGGUUCAAAUUCUAGAAAUCUAGAAAAAACACCUUCAAAAAGAAAUUCUGAAGUGCCACAAUCUUCGUCAUCUAAUAUUGCAUGUAGUAAGCCUAUACGAACAUUUGUGGACAUAGAGUGUCAGACAGAUAUAACAAAUGACAAAAAAAGCUUCGAUAUUAAAGAUAAGAUGGAAAAAGACACUCAGACUACUGCAACAAUAAUAAUAACGGAAGAUAUUCAAACUAAUUGUAACAAAUUACCUUUGUUAGUAGAAGAAGCAGUUCAGACUGUCGAAAUUGUGGAUGAUAAUGCAAAAUUACAAUUAAAAGAAUUGAGUAUACAGUAUAACAACAUUCAAGCACAAUACGAACAAGAAUGUUUAAAAGUCAAAAAGUUGACCGACGAUCUAUUUGAUAUAAAAAAGACAGUGCAAUCUUUAAAAGAAGAAGAUCACUCGAAUAAAGCUAUUAUAGAUAAAUAUAUACAUUCCAAGGAAGUGCUUGAAAAACAAUUGUCACUUGCUACAGAAGAAAAACAGAAAGUGGAAGAAACCUUGCUGAAUUCUAACAAGGUUUUAGAACAAAAUAUUAUAGAUUACAAACAUGAAAUUGAUAAAUUGGAAAAGAAUCUUUCAGUUGCACAGAAUAAUGCUCAAGAAUAUUUGGAAAAACUGGAAACAACUCGAAAAGAAUUUGAUAACUAUAUAUUAAGAUGUAAACGGGAAAAAGAGGUAGACGUUUGUAAACGAAAUGAAACUAUUGCAAUAAAAGAAAAUAAUGAUAUAGAUAAAAUAAAUUUAAAACAAUUAGAUAAACAUGCAGAGGACGUGUUGCAUUUGGAAAAAAAUUUAGAAACUAUAGUCAAGUUAAAGGAUAACAUUGUUCAGUUAAACAAGAACAUGGAAAUAUGUCAAAAGGAGAAGGAUUGUACACAAAAGGCACUGGAUGAGAAUAAUAAAAGACUGUUGGAAUUGAAAAAUCGAUUGGAGGAUAUAACUCUCAAAGAACAAGAAAAAGAUACUGAGAUCAUGACUUUACAAAAAGAACUGAAGCAUAUGAUACAGAGAAACGAAAACACCGAAAUAAUGGAAGAAGAGUUGAAAGGCACUAUAAAUGAAUUAACCCAAAUAAAAGAAACGCUUUUACAAAAAGAGCAAUAUGUCAAGGAAUUAAAUAUCCGUUUAGAGAAUUCUGAAAGAAAUGCAAAGAUAUUUAAUUUACUUGAGGAGAAUGCGAAGGAACGACAACUGGAGAAUGAACGAUUGCGAAAUAUAAACGACGAACUAAGAAAUAAUUUAACACAAAAGGAUCGCGAAAUGGACGCUUUCAUGAAGAAUAGAGACGAGACAGUGAUCAAGUAUGAAAUCUUGGUGAAGAACCAGCAGGAGGAAUUGGAGAGGCAGAAGAGGGAAGUGAUGAGGUACCAGGAAUUAUUCCGCAGGCAAUUGACACCUACGCCGAAUAAAGAUGAUUGUAAGAAGUUGCAGAAUCGUAUAGAGAUUCUCCAGGAUAGAUUAAAAAAGUAUGAAACUCCUCCUGUUAAUGCGAAAGCGAAGAAUGACGAUGAUAGUACAUCGGAGGAUGAGGUCUCCACUCAACCUCAACCCAAACGACGAGGAAGGAAAGCCGUUAAACAGGAGGAUAUUCCGGUUAUCGAAUUAUCUGGCUCUGAAUCGAAACGUAGCACGAGGCGCACCGCUUUGCCGCCUCCGGAAAUAUCAGUUGAGAAGACACGCUCUCGUAAGAAGAAAUUAUUCCACGAGAAUGAAUCGUUUACAGACAUCGAACCUUAUACUCCAUUACCGACUACGCGAAACUUGAGAAAUCGAAAAAAAUGAAUGAAACAUAGAGAAUAAAUUAUUGCAUUGUAAAUAUGUCAUGUAUAUGCUUGGAAAGACAUGCUGGGAACAACAAGAACAUGAAAAUAAAAAAAAAUGAAAUACACGAACAUAUAUUAGUACAGAGCGCCGCUCUUUUUUUUUCUGUGAUAUUCAAUAAUCAAAUAAGUAUCAAAAUAAUUAAUAAAGACUCAAAUAAGUAUCAUACAUACAUUGUGUAAAAAGGAGAGAGUGUCAUACAAGAGAUUAUUUUUUUUUAUCAUAAAUAUUAAUAACCUUCUUUAUUUUCUUAAUCUCAUUGUGCAUUGUAUUUAUCAUAUAUAUAAAUGCGUACAUAAUAUUAAAAUAUUUUAUACACCAACAAUAAAAAGAUAAUUUUAUGUUUUACAUUCUCGUUUUAAAAGAUGUCAAGAUAGAUAUGUGUUUUAUGAUAUUUAUCAUUAUUACAAAAAAAUCUCAUGAUUGUAUAUUAUGUAUUGCGUACAAAUUAAAAAUUGACCAAGAAUAUUAUCAAUAUUAAGAAUAUCAUCAUAUAUGUACAUACAUAAUUUUGCAAUUUACUUAGAAUCAUCGCUCUUUCAUGUUUUCCUCUUAGAAUGUAAAUCUAAUAAUAAAUUCUAAUCCCUCUAUUACAAGUAUAAUAAAUUUUUG